UCUAACUAUACCGCGUUCGUGCUCUGGCGCUGAGCUUCGACCAGUCAUAUAUUAUAUAAUAGAAACCCGCUACUUGCUUCUAGCACAAAGUAGAACACAAUUGAAAUUAUGGCAGCACAAGUCCUCGAUGAGCGUAUCUUUGUCGGGUCGUGUCGUCGAUCGUCGUCCGCUUACCUCUUUUGUACUCGUUCUUUCACCUUCGUCUCGUAGUAGCCUCCUCGAUCUUCACCAUUCGCCACGCUUUAGAAUCUAGCUCCGGUUUUUUUUGCCCUAUCAUAAGAUCAACACAAUGACGGUCCCCGUCCUCUCUCUCCUUGAACCAGUGGGCCAAGGCGCUGCCAAGAUGAAGGCGGCCGCGGAGGAGGCGGCCCGGAAGGUCACCGCGGCAAUCGACGAGGGGAAAGCGCGGGAGGCGCUUGACGUGGCCCGGGAGGCGGUUGCAGCAGCCCCCGAUGCGGCUGCGGACGGGGAUGAUGAGCGGGCUGCCGAGCUGGCUGCGAUCCGCUUAGCGAUCAAACGCACAACCCGCACGUUUGCGGCUUCGCUGCGCGGGCUGGUACUUUUUCGGCUUAUUUUCUUCCUUUCUCUAUAUUGUUGCGACCUAUAUUGCUAUACCUAUCCCUAUAUAAAUAAUACAGAUUACGGAUACAAAUAUAAAUAUUGUUAUUAUUUAUUAGACUCGUAGUUCGCUAAGAAAGACUUAUACUAUUAAUUAUACUACACGUUUAAGUUAUUACUUUACUUAUUAUAAUACAUCAGGGCGACAGGCAAUCAGAGUAG